CUGACCAAUAUACCGAGAUGCUUAGAGUAAGUAAAAGAAAAAGAACACGAAGCGGCGGAAGUCAGCUUGCUGACUUAUUUGUCAAAAUCAGCACAGUUAAAGGAAGAUGUGUACAUACUAGUACAAAAAUUCACAAAGGCACCUGUUUCCUGAAAUACAAAGGAAACCUCUGUACAAAAGAGCCAGAGGGCGAUGAUAAAUACAUGUUUGAGUUUAAAUGGAAGGGAAACAGAUACUGGAUUGAUUCUACAACUGACGAUGGAUCCUUCGGACGUUUGGUCAAUGAUGACCAUUAUAAACCGAACUGCAAAGUCAAGGUUGAUGACUCUAAAGGGAAACCAGAACUAUUUUUUCAAGCCCUCAGAGAUAUCGAGAGCGGAGAAGAAAUUUUGUAUAACUAUGGAGUCGGACCAUAUCCGUGGAGAAAAAAGAGAGGAAAAUGUAAUUCUGAGGGUGAGAUAUUGGAUGGUGGUGCCCAGACUGAGCUUAUCCAGGAUACCCAACAGUUCUAUGACAACGAUGCUCAUCUGAGCAAUGGCGUGGGUCUUCUUGAAGAGGAGCAGGUGGAGACACCAUCCAGCCCCAAGUCUGAGCCCGAGGAAGUGAAUAAUGUGAAAGAGGAUGUGUUCCCCUAUGACACGGUGGUCCACAACGAGGAACCCAAACUGGAAACUUUGCAUCUGGAGGAGGAGCCACAGCACAUCCAUGGUACUGAAGGUGGAGGUGAUGCAGAAGCUUUCUCUGAACCUGUAAGUUCCAAUGCACUGUUAGAAAAGGACACAUCUUCACGCACAUCUGGUUACAAGUACAGAGCAGAAAGGACGAGCGUAAGGGCAAAUGAAUCUACACUACUCAGCCCGUUGUCACCAGAUUCGGAGAGGGUGGGAGAUGGCCAUGUUUCGGCAGACGGCAAAUCAGAGACACCAAAUAACACUGAGUCUCUUAUCCAAGCCUCGACUGUCACGCCAGUAAACAGUCCACAGAAACGUGACGAGUACAAACGACGUAUUGAGAAAAGUCCAAGUUCACCACCAAUGACAGUUGUUGACGAUUUCUCCGAAGCGUUCCCAUUUGACACCGUCACAAGAACGCCAUCGUAUCUUCGUAUCAGCAGUGCGGUCAGUGGGUAUGGUCACUACUUGAAAUACUCGGCGUACAGAGGAAUAGAAAAACGGUCGCCCUACUCGAGUACUCUGUCCCUGCGGUCGAGUAGGUCUGAUUCGACGACCCCGCAGUCGCCCGUUGAAAUGCCCAUCGGAAAGAUCCCGAAUAUCUCUCGUCCAAGGAAUUACCCGCCCUUGAAGAGUGAGGUUCUGUCGCCUCGCAAGGAGAUUUUCUGGGAAACUGGUGUAGAGACAUUGACCCCUGUGAAUGGGUCAAAUGAGGGUUGUUUAAAUGGUAGGGACGAUUCCAGUGGAUCGCUAUCCAUGAGCGAAGAUGUAACGAUAGAAGGCAAUGGACAUAUUGAACUGAUUGAGAAUUGUGUGUCAACUGGAAACCCAGAGAAGGAUGCAGAUAUCUUUCUGUCGGUGACUCAAGCGGAAGAAAAUCGGCUGCUGGAGUUGUGUUCGAACUGCGAGGGGGAAAUGUGUAGCAGUGAUGUGCCCGAGGAAGGUAAUGAAGGUGGUGGUGACGAAGAAGCUUGCUCUGAACCUUUAAGUUCCAACUCACUGUUAGAAAAGGACACAUCUUCAAGCACAUCUGGUUACAAGUACAGAGAAGAAAGGGCGAGCGUAAGGGACAAAGAUCCGAGUGACUACAUCACGAAAAACUACCAUGUCGGACAGAUGCUUGGCAGCGGUGGCUUUGGGACAGUCUACAGUGGAAUUCGACGAAGGGAUAAUAUGCCUGUUGCAAUCAAGAACGUGAUAAAGAAGAAAGUAACAGAAUGGGGCCAGUUGAACGGGUAUAAUGUUCCAAUGGAAAUUUGUCUUUUGAAGAAAGUGUCACAUAUCCCUGGAGUAAUAAAAAUGCUAGAGUGGUUCGAAACCCGAAAUGGAUAUAUAAUUGUGAUGGAAAAGCCAGAAUGUGUAAAAGACUUGUUUGAUGUUAUUACAGAAAAAGGUGCAUUGGACGAAAACACUGCGAAGGACUUCUUUAGACAAAUUCUCAAUGCUGUGAAUAACAUUCACAAGAGUGGGGUAGUUAACAGAGACAUUAAGGAUGAGAACAUUCUUGUGGACUUGAAAACAGGAGAACUUAAAAUCAUUGACUUUGGUUCUGGAGCAUAUCUCAAAGACACUGUCUACCUUACUUUUGAUGGUACUAGAGUGUACAGCCCACCGGAGUGGAUCCAAUACCACAGAUAUCAUGGUCCUGCUGCAACCGUGUGGUCUCUUGGCAUUCUACUCUUCGACAUGGUCUGCGGUGACAUUCCCUUCGUGCAAGAUGAGCUAAUCAUCAAGGCAGAGCUGGAUUUCAACAGCUGCAAACACAAAGUGUCAAUUGAAGUUCAAGACCUCAUCAGAAAAUGCCUCAGCAUUCGUCCAUCCGACCGUCCAUCAGUUGAGGAAAUUCUGGAGCACCCCUGGUUGUGUGAUUCCAUGUUUAUGCAAACCUCUAGUCAGAAGGAAAUAAAAAUUGCCCGCAACAACAGUGAAACUGACUCUUUGGCUAGUGAAAUGGAUUCCCUCGAUGGACAGUCAAUGAGCAGCCAAGUUGGCGAGAAACUAUAUCAGAAACACGGACAUUUGACACACCUCUAUUCACACAUAAGCCAAAAAAUGAGGGAACUUGGGCGGUUUUUAAUAUGCUCAAAAGCCCAAGAUUUAAGCAUCUAUUGUUUAAAUGACAUACUUCGCGCUGAGAAGUUCCCGUUGGCAGUUCAAUCAACCAAGGCUUUGUGCGAGUUCAAUGAAGUGACAAAUAGCUACAAAAAUCCUUCUUUAGCCUUGAAGAUAGGGCACCUGCUCAAAAAAUGUGCGAAAGUGGCAAAAUCUGAAGCCCUGAUUAUAGGUGAUUUAGAUCAAGGAACCAGAGCAAACAAUUUCUUAACACUCUGUAAUGUCGAAUGGGUAGAUGAAAUUUCAAGCUGUGCUUUACAAACUCUUACAAAAAACAAGAUGAAUAAAGGCUCAUUAUUGCCAUUAUCAGAAGACAUCAUGCGCCUCAAAAAUUUCCUGGACAAAAAAACAGAGUCUUUAUUGGAAACUCUUUGUGAUCAUUUCAACAAAGCUGAAUGGGACUUGCUGAAUCAAAUGACCCUGGCACAGAUUGUUAUGUUCAAUCGUAGGCGUGGGGGCGAAACGCAAAGAAUGCAAGUGGAUUCUUAUACUUCGCGAAUGGUAAAUAAAGAUUGUCCACAGGAAGUUUAUGAAGCUCUUAGUGCUGCAGAAAGAAUCCUUGUUAAUACAAUGGUGCGAGUGGAAAUCAGAGGGAAAAUGGGGCGAACUGUUCCCGUGCUUCUGACCGAAAAGUCACAGAGUUGCCUUGAAGUUCUAUUCAAAUGGAGGAACGAAGCAGGUGUUGCUAAAGAUAAUGUUUACGUUUUUGCAAAGCCCAACUAUGGCUCUUUAGAAGCACUAAGAAGCGCUGAUGUCUUGAGGACUUUUUCUAAGGCAGCAGGUUUGACCAAUCCAGAAUUGAUUACCACCACAAGACUUGGAAAACAUGUAGCCACAGUUGCACAGAUUUUAAGUUUAAACAAGAAUGAUCUGGACAUUAUGGCAAGCUUUUUGGGCCAUGACAUAACAGUUCACAGAUCAUUUUAUCGCCUUCCUCAGGAAACCCUACAGGUGGCUAGAAUGGGACGCCUUCUGACAGCAUUCAACAAUGGCACAGUUGGACAGUACAGCGGAAAGUCAUUAGACGAAAUUCCUUUGGACGAGACUGCAGCAGAAUUAAGCAGCGACGAGGAAAUGGAGGAGGAGAAUGAAAACGAUCUUCAAGAGAAUGAAAAUGAUCUCCAAGAGAAUGAAGGAGAAGACCCUGAAUCUUCUGACACAGACCAUUGUGUGCCAGUAAGACAGCCAGAUGCAAAACCUGGGCCAUCCACAACUGUAACCAUGUCAGGUCAACCCAAGAGGCUUCAGAAACUCGGUGAAGACCAGAGUCAUCUUCUGAAGACGCUGUUCAAAACGAAUAUUGCGUUGAGAAAGGAACUUAAGCGUGAAGACUGUAAAAGAGUAAUGCAAAAAUAUGAAAUUCUACACGGAUUGUCAUGAAAAAAAUAAAAAACACGAUUCAUAACUGGAUUACUGCUGAAAAGCGAAAAACAAAAAUGAUUAUAUAGCUUUUUAGCCCACCUGCGCACAAUGUUCUCAUGGUGAGCUUUUGUGAUCGCCUUUUGUCCGUUGUCCAUCUUGCGGCAUCAACAUUUGCCUUGUUAACAUUCUAGAGGUCACUAUAAUUGUCCAAUCUUCAUGAAAUUUUAAUUGACGACUUGUCCCAAUGAUAUCUUGGAAAAGAUUACAAAUGGUUUCGGUUGGUUGAAAAACAGUAAUUUACACACCAUAUACUCCAUACUUAAAUCAAUAUUGUAAUAUGCAAAGCAGCAAUGCUUAAAAGAAAUAAUACAAAAUUGGGAGGGGGCAUUACCUGUAUGAAAACAAGAUGGUGGUAUUUGUUAUAAACACGUGUAAAACAGUUGGAUUUUUUCUGGCCAAAGACAACUAUUCAUACGACCAACUUCUUAAUUUUUGCAUAACUCGUCAUAUUGAUUUCCAUUCAGAUUUACUUCAGAAAAAAUCUAUUUCAUAUCUCUGAUGCCAGAGCUAUACAUAUGUUUAUAAGGAGAGUAAAUCUGAGAUCCGUUUUCAUUUAUGAUAUUUGAAAUGGCAUGUUUAGACGAAGAUUCUCUACAAUUUUCUACAUAAAUAUAUAUAUAUAUUUUUUGUAAAAAUGGUUUCGGUUGGUUGAAAAACAGUAAUUUACACGCCAUAUACUCCAUACUUAAAUCAAUAUUGUACUAUGCAAAGCAGCAAUGCUUAAAAGAAAUAAUACAAAAUUGGGAGGGGGCAUUACUCGUAUGAAAACAAGAUGGUGGUAUUUGUUAUAAACACGUGUAAAACAGUUGGAUUUUUUCUGGCUGAAGAUAACUAUUUAUAGGACCAAAUUCUUAAUUUUUGCAAAGCUCGUCAAAUUAUUUUCCAUUGUAGAAUUUACUUUAGUUCGGAGUUGCGAACCGAAUUGACCAUGUUUUUGUUAGCAAGUAACACUGUACAACAAGGUCUAUUUUUUCUCCACUCUCAAUAAACAUGUUUUACUUACUCUGAAAUAGUUUAUGAGUUACUAAAUUCCUUUGAAACAUUGGACCAUUUUCUUUAUUAAUAGAUCAUACUUGCACAAUUGUUGUUAUGUUUUCUUUAUGGUUAAGGCAUUGUGACAUGUAUAUUAAUUUGAUUUUUAUGCCCCCCGAUAGAGGGCAUAUAGUGAUCGGACCGUCCGUCUGUCUGUCUGCCUUUCCGUCACACUUUGCGUUUAGGUUUCGCAUUUAGGUUUCAAAAAAUGCUCAUAACUUCUAUGUCCCUUCAGAUAGCAACUUGAUAUUUGGCAUGCAUGUGUAUCUCGUGGAGCUGCACAUUUUGAGUGGUAAAAGGUCAAGGUCAUCCUUCAAUGUCAAUGGUCAAAUAUAUCACUUCAAAGCUGCGCAGAAGGGGCAUUGUGUUUAUGACAAACACAUCUCUUGUUUCCAGAUGAUAUUGUCUGAACUUGACAUUAGUUCUAUGUGUGAUGAUUAAAGCAUUGUGUCAUGUAUGAAGAUAUUUUGCUUAAAUGUUUUCAUGUUGUGGUAUUUACUCUUCUAAAUACUUUGUGUCAAAAGAAAUUAAGUCUUUGAUUUUCAUAAUAUACAAUUGUAAUUAGAUUUUUUCCUGAUGAUAUUGUCUAAACUUGACAUUUGUUCUAGGUGGGAGGGUUAAGGCAUUGUUUCAUGUAUGAAUAUAUUUUGCUUAAACGUUUUCAUGUUGUGGUAUUGACUCUUCUAUAUAAUUUGUGUCUGAAGAAAGUAAGUGUUUUCAUAAUAUACAUCUAUAAUUUGAUUUUUUAUACGCCCGUUUUUCAAAACGGGACGUAUUAUGGUUUCACCCUUGGCGGGCGGGUGGACGCCGCCGGUGGGUGGACGGGUGGUUUUCACAGCAGUUUCCGCUCUCUAUUUCAAAUAGUUUUCAUCUGAUCUUCACCAAACUUGGUCAGAAGUUGUAUCUAAACAAUAUCUAGGUUAAGUUUGAAUAUGGGUCAUGCCGGGUCAAAAACUAGGUCACGGGGUCACUUAGUGCAUUUCAAGGAUUAAGUAUGGUUUCCGCUCUCUAACUGAAGAAGUUUUCAUCCGAUCUUCACCAAAUUUGGUCAGAAAGUGUAUCUAGACAAUAUUUAGGUCAAGUUCUUAUAUGGUUUAUGCUGGGUCAAAAACUAGGUCACGGGAUAACCAAGUGCAUUUCAAGGAUUUAGCAUGGUGUCCGCUCUCUUAAUUGAAGUAGUUUUUUGUGUGUACAUGAUAUUUAGGUAAAGUUCAAAUAUGGGUCAUGCCGGGUCAAAAACUAGGGCAUGAGGUCACUAAGUGCAUUUCAAGCAUUUAGCAUGGUGUCUGCUCUCUAAUUGAAGUAGUUUUGAUCCGAUCUUCACCAAAUUUGGUCAGAAGUUGUGUCUAGAUGAUGUCCAAAACCUUCAAAAGGGUGUAUCCUAUGACAGUUUGGCACUCUUGUUUCCAGAUGAUGUUGUCUGAACUUGACAUUGUUCGAAGUGUAAAUACAUUUUGAAACUACUUUUUGUCAUAAAAAUGUUUGGGAGUAUUUUUUGGAGGAAUAAACUGUUUUAAAUCGA